CGCUGGCUGCCCCGCCCACAGCAGUGAUUCUCUGGACAGGUAGACACGGUCGGCGCCGCCUUAGACUUGUUUUACACCCCCCCCCUUAAAAAAACCCACCACAGCUGGACUAAGUGCUCGAGGCGGUCUGGAGCGGGUCUAACGGGAGCGGGGUCCGGUCUGGAGCGGGUUUGACCCGGUUCGGAGCGGGUUUUGUGAAGAAGAGAAGGAAAGUUUUCCUCUGAUCCGGGUUCACGUCUCUGCAGGGCGGUCAUGUUCGGGUAGAGACCGGCUCGGCGGCGCCCCACCAUGCGGAAGCACCUGGACAGGAUCCGGUUCCGGGGCCAGAGGCGGGACGAGUUCCUGGACCUGGCCGAUUCGCCCAACACGUCCGACACGGAGUGCACCGAGGAGGCCGCCAUCAAACCGCCGCUCGCCGCCAGGGAGGUGGAGGAGCAGCUGAGGGAGGCGGAGGCGGAGCAGCAGAGCGACGCUCAGGCCGGUCCAGGAACCUUUUCUGCAGCUUUUCAUGACGACUCGAGGACGGAUCUCAACGAGGUCAAAGGUCACCUAGAAAUCGCCCUGUUAGAGAAACACUUCCUGCAGGAGGAGCUGAAGAAACUCAAAGAGGAGUCCAACGUGGAUUCCCUGAGGCAGGAGCUGGAGAGGGAGCGCAGCAGGUGCUCCGAGCUGGAGCUGAAGAUCAACGACGUGCUGAAGCCCAGACUCGAAGACUCGCCUUCUCUGACUCCUAAAGCCCCGCCCCCUGCUGCUCCGCCUGCAGUCACCAGCACAGACAAGCAGAAGGACACUUUGCCCGACAGCUUCCUGAAGUGGCUUUACGGCCGCUUCGGCGUUUACAUCGAGGACUUCCGCUUCCAGCCGGAGGAGCCGACGGUGGAGCCGGAGGAGCCGCUGAGCGCCAAGAGGUUGACUGAGAACAUGAGACGGCUCAAACGAGGAUUCAAACCUGUGACCAAUUUCAAGAGGAACCUCACUGCCUUAUCCAGCUGGAACUCCGUCUACACGUCAGCCAUCGCCUUCAUUGUCUACAUGUAUGCGGCGUGGCACGGCUGGGCCGUCCCCAUGUUCCUGUUUCUCGCCAUUCUCCGCCUCUCCUUGAAUUGCCUCAUCGCCAGAGGCUGGAGGAUCCAGUGGAGCAUCGUACCUGAGGUCUCGGAGCCCGUGGAGCCGCCGAAAGAAGAGCUCACGGUGUCGGAGAAGUUCCAGCUGGUUCUGGACGUCGCUCAGAAAGCUCAGAAUCUGUUCGGGAGGAUGGCGAACAUCCUGGAGAAAAUAAAGAAUCUGUUCAUGUGGGUUCAGCCGGAGUUGACCCAGAAGCUGUACGUUGGUCUGUGGGUGGCCUUCAUCUCCUCCUGCCUGCUGCCCUUCCAACUGCUGGGAUUCUUCAUAGGUGUGUACGCGGGUAUCAAGUUCUUCAUCAUCGACUUCGUCUUCAAGCGCUGCCUCAAGCUGCGGCAGCGCUUCGACACGCCGUACAUCAUCUGGACCAACUUGCCCACCGACCUGCAGCUGAAGGAGCGCGGCGGCACCACGCUGAGCAGACGGGUGACCGUGACGGCCGGCCGCAGCUGCCUCGGCGCCGCAGCUCCUCCGGGCGUCAGCCGGGACGAUGACGCGGGGCGAUACUCCAAGAGAGGAGCUUUCCACGACGUCUUCAGCCUGCCGGAGAGCGAGCGCCCUCUGACAGUGUGUGAGGGCGGCUGGCGCUGCUGCCUCAUCAACAGGGACAAGAAGACGCCGACGGACUACAUCCGCAACGGGUACCUCUACGUCACCGAGAAUCAUCUGUGCUUCGAGAGCUCCAGCUCCAGAUCCGGAUCCUCCAAGAAGAACAAGGUCAUCAAGCUGCUCGACAUCAUCGACAUCCAGAAGUACAAAGUUCUGUCCGUGCUGCCCGGGUCCGGGAUGGGCAUCUCCAUCGCCACGCCUUCCACCCAGAAGCCGAUGGUGUUCGGCGCGAUGAUCCACAGGGACGAGGCCUUCGACGCCAUCUCCACUCAGUACAUGAAGAUCCAGAACGCGACGGCAGCCACCGGCCCGGAGACUCUGUGACGAGGACGGCUGCCUUCUCUCACACACACACACACACACACACACACACACUGGAAUGGCUUCACUGUGUGCGAUAUAUUACGCCAGCCGGUUCCCGACUAAUCGCUGGUUUCAUGUCAGAAUACCGAUCACUGUUCUCAAACUGCUUUACAGAAGGUUCCCCGCAGAACACGCAGCGUAACUAAUUUACCGCCCCGGUGUGGAAUGGAGGCCGGGGUACCUGUACGACGACGUCUCACUUGAUUUAAUCCAGCACACUAAAGUACAUCGAUGCUCAUUCACUGGUUAUUUCCAGUUUUAUAAUUACGUCCCUUUUUUAAGCUGCAGUCGGUGGAGCUCCAAAACUUCACAAUAAAAGCCCUCCAAGGGCACAAUCCCUCCUUUUUAACUUGUGAGGCUUUUAUUGUGGAGCACGAGCUGUGACAUUAUUGAAAAUCAUUUCUGCAGGUAAGUGACUGCUCUAUUAGCAUUUACAUUAAUCAUUUCAGUCAUUUAUCAAUCGGAAACUUGAAUCAUUCUCUGGUUGGAGCUUCUCCAAUGUGAGGCUCCUUCUGUUUUACGCCUCAUUGCAAACUGAAUAUCUCCGUUUCUGGACUGAUGGUCGGGCAAAACGAGACAUUUGAAGACCGUAGAAUCAGUGCAAGUUACCUAUAAAGAGAAAAGCUUUUAAAUGGAUGAAACCGCACUUGUAUUAAACAAUAAUGGGACAUUUCACUCGUUCAUUGACUUUGGCGUCAACUAGUGGUCAAACUAAAGAUUACAUUUUUUUUUAAAUUGGGGCUGCAAUGUAUAAUUAUUUAAAUUGGGGAAAAUGUCCGUCACAAGGAGAUGCCAUCAACAUAUUUUUCUUUUUGUAUGAGAAAUAGUUCAAAACUCCAAAAUAUUCAGUUUAUAAUGAUUUUAAAAAGCAGCAUGAAAUAUGUUGUUGACUUAAUAAAUUGAAUCUGCCGUUUCACAGUAUUGGCAGAUUAACAUUUUUAAACCUUCAUUUACAUUAGUGUCUUCAGGGAUUUGUAAAAGCGUACAUUAUACGACUCUGUACUGUACUUAGCAGCUAAGCCUUACAGUCGGUUAAUAUUAUAGGAUGUCGUUUUUUAUGUGGUGGUAAGAGGCGGUUUGUUUUCUACAUGAAUGUUCUAGGAAAUGUAACGUAAACCACAGAAUUAACCUCAACAUAACUUUUUUUUUUUGUCUUAGCUAAAAGCUAAAAAACUAAAUCUAACAAACUACUCAAUUUAUUUCAGCGUAGCUUUUGUCUUCUUUUUAAAAAAGUUUUAGCUAAAUAACUCAAUCUAACGAUAUAAAAGACAGGUUGAUCCUAACUUCAGCGUAGCUCUUUUUGUUUUAGCUAAAAGCGAAAUAACUAAAUCUAACAACGUAAACCACUAAAUUUACUUCAGCGUAGCUCUUUUAGUUUUAGCUAACGGUAACAGCGUUUCGUUUAAUCGUCGUUUAUUCAGCUCGUAUUUUAGCUUUAUUUCACAAUCGAGAAGCUCAGAAGGUUAAAAAAAAAAAAAAAAAAA